AUGCCAGUUUUUCAUACUAAAACCAUCGAAAGUAUUUUAGAGCCAGUAGCCCAACAGGUGUCGAAAUUGGUAAUUUUGCAUGAAGAGGCAGAGGAUGGCAAUGCAAUGCCUGACCUCACCAGGCCUGUUCAGGUAGUCAAAAUGGCUGUUGAUAACUUGAUCAAGGUAGGAUACGAGACGAUAAACAACAGUGAAGAUGAAAUCCUGAAACAAGACAUGCCCCCUUCACUAACCAGAGUAGAGGAAUCGUGCAUGCUAUUAGUGGCUGCCGCUGAAAUGUUGAAGGACGAUCCUCUGUCCCCGGCCGCCAGGAAGAAGUUAAUCGAGGGCUCCAGAGGCAUCCUUCAGGGAACUUCCGGCCUACUUUUGGCCUUCGACGAAUCAGAGGUCAGGAAAAUAAUUGGGAUAUGUAAGAAUGUUCUAGAAUACCUGGAUAUCACAGAAGUGGUAGAGAGCCUCGAAGACCUUGUGACCUUUGUCAAGAAUUUGAGUCCGGUUUUGACGAAAAUGGCCAAAGAAGUGGACAGCAGGGAAAAAGAACUGACCCAUCAGGUCCACAGGGAAUGGUUACAGAGGUCGUUGAACCAGGUAAAGCAACUGACCCCGGCUUUGAUUAGUAGCAUUAAAAUAUUCGUUACUACUAAGAAUCAAGGUGGCGCUCCUCUGGCCGACGCAUUGAGCAGUCGAAACUAUGUGACUAGUAAAAUGGCAGAGGAAGUUCACGAAAUUAUAAGAGUGCUACAAUUGACGACAUACGAUGAAGAGGAGUGGGAUGAUGAUGAUAUCACCGUCAUGAAGAAAGCACAGAAUGGCAUUGAUAACAAGAUGAGGCAGGCGCAAGAUUGGCUGUCUGACCCUGAGGCUCUUGUCGGGAGCGCCGGUGAGCACGCAGUUCGAAAUAUCCUCGACUACGCCACCAGAGUGGCCGACAGGAGCGUCAGCGACGACGACAGGGAAGCCAUCUGCAAGUCUGUGUCCAAUGUGGCCUCCAUGAUGGACGCCCUCUGUGAACUUAGAAGUCAAGGACAGGGCAACAGCACCCAAGCCCACUCACUUUCCAGGGGCAUUCAGCAGAUCCUGAAGGAUCUUCAGGACCGCUGCCAGAAAUCCGUUAUCGCCACCGAUAGGAGUAACCUUAGGAAGCCAGCUCAUACCAUAUUAGGAAAACUUGAGCAGGCAGAUAGGUGGAUUGCCAAUCCGUCCGUCGAUGAUAAUGGAUUGGGUAGGUUUGCAUGCAAGCAAAUUGCAGAGGAUGGCGUUAAACUAGUCGAGAAUAUGCCCAACAAUAAUAAACGGUCAGAUAUGCUGCAACUCUGCAAGGAGGUCAAUUCACUUACCGAGCAGCUGGAUGAACUUUCCAGGAGAGGACAGGGUAGUUCACCUCAGGCCAGGCAGACAGCCAUCAUGCUCGCCCAAAAGUUGAACCAGCUUAAGAAUAAGAUUCAACAGGAGCUUGUCGAGAAGGUAGCAGAUCACUUCCUGGACAUUUCGACACCUUUGAAGCUCCUCUCUGACGCUGCUAAUGCACCUUUCGGUACGGCAAAUCGCCAGCAGACGUUUGAAGAUCGCCUGAAGAAUUUCACGGAACAUUCGAGAAAUAUGGUGUCAACAGCCAAGCAGCUCGCCAGGUCUGGGGCAUGCAAUGACAGGAGAACCGUCGAGGGCCUAGUUAUGUCUGCCCAGAUUGUCGAGGACCUGCAGCCGCAGCUGACGAAAGCAGCGCGCAUAGUGCUGAACGAUCCGACCAAUCAGGCGUCGACCGAGCACUUUGACCUACUUAAGAAGCAGUGGAUGGGGGAUGUGGAGAGGCUGAGGGGGCUGGCAGACGAAGCCAUUGAUACUGAUUCCUUCAUUAGGGAGAAUGAGGAGGCCAUCCUGAGAGAGACAGAUAGAACUGAACACAGUGCUUCUGUUGCAGAUUCAACCGGGGUUGUGUCUGCAACUUCCUCCAUUGCUAGGAGAGCUCACAGGGUUCUUCAGGUAGCACAAUCAGAGGCAGACAACAGUGAAGACCCAAGAUACGUUGAUAACAUUCAGCAUGCUGUAGGCGUUCUAAAGAAUGAUAUAGCACCUAUGAUACAGACUGCAAAGGGUUUGGCGCAGAACCCGCACAAUGCGGAGGCUGCUAACCAGUGGAGAAGUGCCAAUCAGCAGCUGAUUGAUUCAGUGUCUAAUGUUCGCCUGGCGGUCAACGAGAGGGGCGGCUACCCCAAACCACCCGAUAUAUCAAGAUUGUAUCUGUCAGAUUAUCAGGACUCACAUCCGCCCCCAAUCCCUCCACCUCCCCACGAGAUGGUCCCACCCAGGCCACCACCCCCCACCGAAACUGAUGACGAGUUUGAAACGUCAUUUCCGAUUCCGCAAUCGAAUCAGCCAAUCAUGAUGGCGGCUCAUGCCCUGCACAUGGAUGUGAAGCAGUGGUCCAGCAGGGAUAAUGAUUUGAUUGUUUCCGCUAAGAGGAUGGCCCUGCUGAUGGCCAAGUUGAGUCAACUGGUCAGAGGAGAAGGAGGCACGAAGAAAGACCUGAUCGACUGCGCACGGUCGAUAGCAGAAGCCUCAGAGGAAGUGACGGCAUUGGCCAAACAACUAGCACAUGAGUGCACCGAUAAGCGAAUGAGAAUGAACUUGUUACAAGUAUGUGAACGAAUUCCAACCAUUGGAACUCAACUGAAAAUUCUCUCCACCGUCAAGGCCACCAUGCUGGGGGCCCAAGGUUCCGAUGAAGACCAGGAGGCGACUGAAAUGCUGGUAGGGAACGCACAAAACCUCAUGCAGAGCGUCCGCGAGACGGUUCAGUGCGCCGAGGCCGCUUCCAUAAAAAUCAGAGUUGAUUCGGGCUACAGCAUUAAGUGGAUUAGAAAGAGGCCGUGGUAUGCCUAAAAUGUCGCCAGACUGUAUCGCUAUUGCUAUUUCUAGGUGGUAUCGCGAUAUCGCUUGUCGCCAGAUUCUCUCGGAGGUUAAUUUAAGAAGCAGUUUUCAACGAACGACGUCAGAAGCAGUCGUGUUUUACUGUCGAAUCCCUUUUAUACCUUCUUGUUACUGGUUUUUUUUUUUUGUUGUUGGAACGAAGGUUUUAUAAAGUGAAAUAAUGAAAUGUAGUAAUAGAAAUAGUUUCACGCACACACACACACACGCACGCACACACACACAGAGGCGGACAAAUACACAGGCAGAAAGACACAGACACACACACACACACAUUUUUUCUGGUUUUUUUUGCAGCAAAUUUCUUUUGGUAUAUUAGUUGUUAAGUGUUAUGCGUGUGCUAACUAUCGAUUCGAUCAUGCUUAUAUAAAUAGCUUAAUUAUGUGAAUUAUGAUUUAAAAUAUUUAUGUUGUAUGU